CUGAGUGCAUAUUGGUCCUAAUGCGACAGGAUAAAAUAUUUUCGAGUUCAAACUGACAAUAUUGGAUCUAGAAAUCGAGUUUAUAUAUAGUUAUAUUACGAAAGAGAAGUUGGAUCGCAAUCUUGAGGAACCAUUUCGCAGUUCUACGAUAACUAGAUAUGGAUUAAAUUCGAAUGAUUAUCGAUAAUAUAUUGUAGCAAUGUUUCCUCGAGAUUGGGAGCAAGAUGUUAUAUUCUCUAUUACUGUUGAUCACCAAGCUGGGCACGAAAUACUUCAAAUGUUUGAUUUGCAACGUCAACCACAAUUUCAAUCUCUUCAAGGACCGGUUGAACAAUAUUCAUAUAUGCUAAUGGAAAACCUACCUCUCUUAAGAGUCUCCUUUUAUCAAGCUACAAUUCGCAUUAAGAAAUACAAGACGGCGUUGGGACUUCGUUGUGCUUAUGUUUAUGCAUUCAUAUCUAGUACAGAUGAUAACGAUAUCACAUUCUCUAUCAUGGUUGAUCGGAAGUCAGGUUUUACAUUGACAGAUAUGUUUGGAAUGCAGCUGAUGGAAGUGGGCUUGUAAUUAUUUUCUCAAAUCAUAUCAGAUAAUCU